CACUGACUUAUACCACUGGUUUAUCAAGUCAACCAGUGCCAUCAUGAAGGUGAUAGGUAAUUAAAAACUGUUGGACUUUAAACUUAAUUUAAUUUUGUUGACUCAGUACGAGAAAGGCAUUUAUAUAAAGGUCCGAGUUCAUCGGAGAAUCUCAGUUAGUGGUCCCCUUUGAACGGAAUUUUAGUUUCGACACAAUGAGAGCACCGGAACAAUUACGUUUCGACGGUCGCGUAGUUAUCGUAACGGGAGCUGGAGCAGGUUUGGGCCGUGCAUACGCCCUGCUAUUUGCUUCGAGAGGUGCCAGCGUUGUAGUAAACGAUUUAGGUGCAAGUAGACACGGUGAUGGGAGCAGCAAAGUGGCAGAUACAGUUGUUAAUGAAAUUAUUAAGAAUGGUGGAAAAGCAGUGGCUAAUUACGAUUCCGUUAUUGAUGGAGCAAAGAUUGUCAAAACAGCUAUUGAUGCAUUUGGAAGGGUAGAUGUGGUUGUUAAUAAUGCUGGGAUCUUAAGAGAUAAAUCUUUUAGCAAGAUGUCAGAAACCGAUUGGGAUUUGAUACACAACAUUCAUCUGAAAGCUGCUUUUAAAGUAACUCAGGCAGCCUGGCCAUAUUUCCUUAAACAAAAAUAUGGCAGAGUCAUUGUGACAUCAAGCAAUAGCGGAUUGUAUGGAAACUUUGGUCAAGCUAAUUACAGUUCAGCAAAAAUGGGCCUUGUUGGGUUGGCCAGUACAUUAGCUAUCGAAGGCGCACAGAAGAACGUACACACUAACGUGAUAGUGCCAACAGCCGCCUCUCGUUUAACAGAAGACAUUUUACCACCAGACUUUUUUGAGCAAUUAAAACCUGAGUUAAUAGCGCCUGUCGUUGCCUGGUUGUGUCAUGAGAAAUGUAUGGAGAACGGCUCUAUCAUCGAAUCUGCAUUAGGAUGGGCAGGCAAAUGCCAUUUAAUUCGUUCGUCAGGAGCAAUAUUGCGACAAGAUUUGUCAAGUAACGUCACUCCCGAAGUUGUUGAAGACAAAUGGUCAGCCAUCACCGAUAUGUCAUCCGCUAAACACUUUGAUUCCAUCGGGGAAGUAACUGGACAGUUCAUGGAAAUAGCUCAAAAAAUAAACAGUGGCAAUUCCGAGAAAUCACAGUCACAGAGUACCAAUGUCUACAAGCACACUUACAAUAGUCGGGACACUAUUAUGUAUGCAUUAGGAGUUGGUGCCUCUGUCCAGAUACCCACUGAUUUUCGUUACCUGUACGAGAACGACAGCAAUUUUGCUGUAAUGCCUAUAUUUUAUGCAACGCAUGCUCCAGUAUACUGCAUGGCUUCUAGUUCUAUGUUUGAAGAAAAGUUUCCUGACUUUCAACUAGAUCCAACAAAGAUAUUGCAUGGGGAGCAAUAUAUGGAAGUGUAUAAACAAUUACCAACGGAAGCUACAGUUGAAACACGAUUUCAAGUUCUGGAUGUAUUAGAUAAGGGGAAGGGUGUUGUAUUUGAAAUACAACAUGAAACGUUUGAUUCUAAUACUGGGGAGAAAUUAGCUAAAGGACAGAUGACUAUAUUUGUAGUAGGAGUAAGUGGUUUUCAAGGAAAACGGACAUCUCCGCACAGUAUACCAUUCGUUGAUCCUCCAAAUCGAAAACCAGAUGCAUCAGUCACGCAACAGACGAAUUACGAUCAAGCUGCUCUAUACAGGUUGAGCGGAGAUACCAAUCCAUUGCAUAUCGAUUCGAACAUAGCCGCGAUGGCUGGCUUUCAAAGACCAAUCCUACAUGGAUUAUCUUCCCUUGGAUUUUCUGUUCGCCACAUACUUCAAACUUACGCCGACGGCGACCCGAGUUUAUUUAAAGCCGUUAAGACUCGUUUUGCAAAACCUACAUUCCCCGGACAAACAUUACGAACAGAUAUGUGGCAAGAGGGAAAGAGGAUACAUUUCCAAACGUAUGUGGUGGAAACGAAUACACCUAUCUUAACAGGCGGUUAUGUCGAUUUGAAAGAAACAGUAUCUAAGCAACCAGUUGCAAAUCCCGUUUCUGGUAAAUCUUUGGAAAGUGAUGCAGUAUUUAAAAUGAUUGAAGAGUACGUAAGGACGAAUCCAGAACAGGUGAAGAAAAUAAAUGCUGUAUUCCUCUAUCAUAUUUUAGUGCAAGCAAAACCACAAGCAGUGUGGACUUUGGAUUUAAAAAAGGCUGAGGUAUACAGAGGAGAACCGAAAUCAGGUAAAGCAGAUGCAACACUGACCCUCGAAGAUGCAGACAUGAUUCAAAUGGCUUUGGGUAAAUUGAAUCCACAAAUGGCAUUCAUGAGAGGGAAGUUAAAGAUCACUGGAAAUAUCAUGCUGACACAGAAAUUAAAAUCACUCAUAGAUGCUGGCAGAGCAAAAUUGUAAUUCAAUUACAUUUGUUAUUAUAUUGGUAUAAAGGUAUAUAAUUGUUGUUUAUACAUUAAUAUUUUUGUAUUUUUUUAAUCACUAUGUAACUGAUUUAUCAACUACGCGGUUGGGUAUGAAAUACAUAUACACAUGUUAUAUAAA